GAUCCCAAUUUUUUCGAAUCACAAGUCUCUCUAUCUUUUUCGCCCAUUAUCCAAAAAUCGAUUUUCGUAUUUUCACCAAGAAAAAGGAGGAGAAAGAUGGUAGUGCGUCUCCGAUUAUCGAGGCUAGGAUGCAAAAAUAGACCAUUUUUCAGGGUGAUGGCAGCUGAUAGCAGAUCUCCCAGAGACGGGAAACACAUCGAGGUCUUGGGUUACUUCAAUCCUCUCCCAGGGCAGGACGGGGGUAAGAGAAUGGGUCUCAAGUUUGACCGUAUCAAGUACUGGUUAUCUGUUGGUGCUCAGGCAUCAGACCCGGUUCAACGUCUCCUAUUCAGAUCCGGUUUACUUCCCCCUCCUCCAAUGGUGGCUAUGGGACGUAAAGGUGGAGAGAGAGACACUCGCCCUGUUGAUCCAAUGACAGGUCGCUAUGUGGAUGCAGAGAAAACACCAGCGAUUAGCGAGAACAAGCCUAAGGAAGAAGACAAUGCAGAAGACAAAAGUCCAUGAUUCAUUAGACUAAGGAAGAAGACAAGAGUCAAUGAAUUAAUCGCGUUAGCCUUUUCUCGCUGUAGCUUAUCUAAGUUCAGUUUGUUACUUCUUUGAGAUGCACAUUCCUUCCUAAUCUUGGCUUAUCUCAUUGGCAAAAUUCCCUAUUGUCUGGGCAUAAACGGCAAGGUGUUUAGCAACCUCUUGGGAUUCCGGCAGGCAUUUUGUAUUGGAAUUUAAUAAGGACUAGAUUUUGAC